AUGCUGCUCCUGAACAUGCUCUCUCUGCUGCCUGUGGCGCUCGCCUACAACACGUUCCAGAACGCGGCCAUCGUCGACCCCGCGACCUUCUCAGCCACCACUGAGGACGGGCAGGUUCUGCUCAUCGACACGUACAACUUCAAGACGUGGUCGAUGGACGACCGACAGUACGUGGGCCAGUGGAACCCCUUCGACAAGCUGCGAACUAGAGCCAACGACACGGGAAUGGUGAUGCUGUCGCAUUUCCGAGACGAGUCCGGCAACUUUGUGGGCUCUUACGACGACAAGACCGGCGAAAUCACCAACUCGGGCCGAGUUGUGGGCCAUGCCAACGACACGGGCUUCUUCGACGUGACCGGAACCCGACGAGGACUGGCCAAGGACAACUCCACCCGCCAGUUCUAUGCACCGGACCAGUCGUUCAUUGGCGGCGUGUUUGUGGAGCCCAAGGUCGGCCCUGGCUCCAGCGGAUUCACCUGGGACGACCUCAACAAGGACUACAAGGAUAUCGCAGCUACCAUUGGCCCCCAGGCUGGAAUUGUGCGAGAUCUGAGCGGCCUUCUCUCCCCUCGAACUCGAUUCUACAUUCGUAAUCCCCAGUUUGGAGAUGGAGCCGAAAUGGUUUACAUUCGAAACAACACUAUGGAUACCCUGCAGAUCGAAACCGACUACACCAUCCAACUCAACCUGUCGCAUAUUAGCUUCAACUACACUCUGAACGUGAACACGGGCAAGUUUGACUUUGGACCCGAUGGAGAGGCCUUCAUCCAGUACUCCAACAGCUCUGUGGUUGCCGACGGAGAGCUUUGGGGCGACUUCCUGAAACAGACCGGGGUUGGAAACGAAACCAAGACCAUUAAGUCUGAUCUGGACCUGUCUCCUAUUGCUAAUCUGUCCUUUGUCGACUCGGACCAGAAACCCAUUGGAGGAGUAUAUAACCUGGACGUGAUCCUUGAUACAAACAACAACCUGAUGUACGCCAUCAACCCUAACACUAUGGUGGUUUCCGACGCUUCUGGUAAAGCUGUGGGAUCCUUGAACGUGACAGAUUACUCCCUUCUGUCUAACGACAACAAGACUGUUCUUGGGCAGAUUGUUCUGAAGCACGACAAGAUUGAUAACGAUACUGUUCUCGACAACCCUGCUCCUGCUUCGUCCACCGCCGCCAAUGGAGCUGGAUCUACUCUUCCCACUGCCGCUGCCGCCUUGGUCAUUCCAUUCUUUUUGCUAAUGGUGUAA